AUGAUUGCGGAACAAUCCUGGGGAGUUCAGCUAUGGGAUCAGACAUCAAAUCUUAUAAAAUAUCAGGAAAGUGGUAUUUCACUCCAUGACAGAUUACAAAAAUUUAUUCUGGAUAUCGCAAAGUUGCAAGGGGAGUCUUUCACCAUCCAGAAGCGCGUGUGUGAAAAGGCCUUGGUUAAUAUCAAAAAGGCUGUUGGACUGGAAACAACGUAUGGUCGAGGUUAUAAUGCUUUUAUACACGCAAUCGCCAAACUCAUUGAUACAGAGAAUUUAUUGCCGGUUUCAUUUAAUCUACAAGCAAACGGUGAAACUAGGCAGUCUCUUGAAGAGGAAAAGAAGGGUCUGAAGCAGUGGAAACAGGAGAGAGAUCGCUUUCAAAAUGAAGCCAAAUGUCAGGCCAAGAUAAUAGAUGAUGAGGCCAAGAGAUUUCGUGAAAAAUACUGGGAAGUUAUUCGGAGCAAAGAGGAGUAUAACAAAAUCGACGAGGACAAAACAUAUUCGAAGCUGGAUGUUGAGAAAGCUCUCCAAACCUACACCCAGAAGCACAAUGAAUUCAAACGAGCCCGUUCAGACUAUACGGCUGCGCUGGAUCAGUUUAACUUCUACCGUCGCUAUCACUACAGCACAACGCUAAAAAAUUGGGGUGAAGCAGGCCAAACACUGGAGUCCUAUCGAAUCACGAAAACGCAGGAAAUGAUUGGAGUUCUUGUGGAACGGCUUCGAGUUAUGAUUGACCGACUGCUAACUGUUUGCACGGAUCUGGAAGCUGCCGUUGCUAUGAUGAAUGCGGAGAAAGCUAGACCUUCGCCAGAUUUCUUCCAAUCACUCCACUCAACGGUUGGUAAUGGUACAGUAAUGAUGACCACUCGUUUUUUCCUUGCUGCCGAAGCCGUGACACUCAUUAAUUACCUCGUCGAAAGUGGACAUGAUUCUGCAGCAUUAAUUGAAUGUCUCCGGACAGGAAAUGAGCCUCCGGGAGACGUUCUCAUCACUCACCCUGACAUUGAUGCCCCUCCUUGCACACCGAGUCGGUCCAGUAAUGACCACGGCAUAUCAAAUCAUCGAUCCGCCAAGACCGAGAACGGCGAUAGUGGUACUUACUACGCCUUAAUUCCCGUCUCUCCGGGGCCUUCUGCUAACGGAAGUUUUUUCAUCGGUGCUGAUCCCAUUGUGGAACCCACGGAGACACACCGAUUGCCGACUGUGUCUUCUACCUCUUAUCCUAGUCUCUCUCGGUCUGCCCGACGCUUCAGCGUAAGUUCGAUGGGUCUGGGAUCCAAUGGCAAUGCAGGCGCCCAUUCCUCCUUUCUGUGGAAGGUUUUUGCUCGAAGAAGUAAGCGCAUUUUCUUGGGGGAUGAAGGCAAUUUCCACAAUUUCAUCCCCUUUGAGACAACGAGACCAUGGCGACGAAGUCGCAGAUCAAAAAGUGUCAGCAGUUACCGGAUGCCGGAAGAUGAUGUCGAAUUGACGAAUCCGUCUGGUGAAGGCAUUAUGUGGAAUCCGGCUGCAUAUAGGAGUAGGGAAGCGGAACGACGAUCGGACGCGACGACGCAUAAUGCACGAGUUUCAGGAUCACAGUCACAACGAGCCUCACCGACGAAGAAAUUGGAAAUUAUUCACGUCGACCACGAUAAAAUGAAAGAACCGGCGGCAAAUGUCGGUGACACCUCGGAUGCCGAAGCAGAGGAAAAGGAAGGACAAGGUCAGCAGCAAUCCACUCCCACACUUUCUUUUCGAAGUGCGCCUCCAUUCAAAUCCUCUGGAUCGACGCAGGAGAUGGCUCAAACUACAACUGAGCUCUCUCGAUCCCUCUCCUCGCCCUCCUCCAGUAGUAAUAGCGUCCGCGGUCAUAAAAACACACUCACCAAUCCACGAACUGUGGGGAUUCCCGAAUCACAGAUCUCUGGCUACGACAAAAAUGGGUCAUUUAGAAAUACCUCGCCUUGCAGUGCUCAAUUUUCUAAAGGCACCAUAGUCGGAGCCGCGCCGACUCCGCAUGCUGCUCAUCAGAAAUCACUCAGGAGUACAAGUCCCCGUCAGGCGAUCCAUCAACCGAAGCGACAGCAUGGAGGCAACCAUCAGACAAGAAAGCCGAAUUCGGAAACGAAGCCGAACCACCAGUCGACUAUGAGCGAUCUUAUUGUAGUGGGAACUUGCAAGGCGCUGUAUGACUUUGAGAGUUCACAAUAUGGCGAGACAUUUUUAUCCUUCAAAACUGGCGAUAAGUUGAAGGUAAUAUCCUCUGGUGCACGGUGGCAUGGUAGUGUGGACGCCGAUGGAUGGAUCUACGCCGAGACCAUACCACCGAAUGAGGGCAGUCGAAGUCACCCUCAACGCGGCUUCAUCCCUGCUGGUUUCGUGGAAAUCACCCUCUAUCCUGAACCCCUUCCACUCUCACCACCACGUCGACACGAACCGGACGAGGUAGCAAGUCAUCGACGCAUUCACGGUCAUGCUCGGGGUGACAAUGCCUACUUGGCAUUGGGCCAAGCAACUGAACUCUAA